UUUUUUUUAUUUCAUCGCGAUACGAUAUUACGACAUAACCACAACGCGAAAUAAAAAGCAAGUGCAAGGAAAAGUCGGAAGAACAAAAUCUGAUGAAGAUCAUGCGCUGCGCGUUUUGCGCCCCGACUAGAACCGUUCCUGGGAGCGGAGCUACAUCUGCACCUCGGUGCAUCGUGCAUCCCUUCGUGCAUCAUCUGGUCCGUCUACGGUUCGUGUCAGGUGAAGGUGGUUUACGGCGACGAGGCACACUUCAGCACUGGACUCCACGAGACGAGAAGCAAGUUCUGUUAUCGCUGAUCUCUCUCUCCCAUCAUUAGGAAAUGAUCCCGAGCUGCCUUAGGAACGUCGCCGCGCCGUUGUCACGACGAAACUUUGGAAGCUGGAACGAGGUGGCCUCGUUUUUCUUGAGCAAGAAAAAUAAUUAUGCUACCGAAGCCUCCUUCGAGACCAAGCCUUUUCGCCUGCACAAACUGGACCAGGGCCCAUCCACUCAGGUGACGGUAACCCGGGAUGACGCUAUUGAACUAUUUAAGAAGCUACAUACGAUACGUCGUAUGGAAACGGCUGCCGGCAACUUGUACAAAGAGAAGAUCGUUCGGGGUUUCUGUCACUUGUAUUCCGGACAAGAAGCUUGCGCAGUCGGCAUGAAAGCGGCGAUGAGAUCCCAGGACGCUGUAAUCACGGCUUACCGCGCACACGGCUGGACUUAUUUGAUGGGCAUAGACGUAUUUGGCGUCUUUGCAGAACUCACGGGCAGACAAGGUGGCAACGCCAAAGGCAAGGGUGGUUCCAUGCACAUGUAUUCUAAGAACUUCUAUGGAGGAAACGGCAUUGUUGGCGCUCAGGUGCCGCUAGGAGUUGGAAUCGCCUUUGCACAAAAAUACUUGAAUAACGGUGGAGUUUGUCUAACAUUGUACGGCGAUGGCGCGGCCAAUCAGGGACAGGUGUUCGAGGUGUACAAUAUGGCUAAGCUGUGGGACGUACCCUGCAUCUUCGUCUGCGAGAAUAACGGAUACGGGAUGGGUACUAGCGUGGAGCGUGCCGCGGCAAGCACGGAAUAUUACACCAGGGGCGACUAUAUUCCCGGAAUAUGGGUGGACGGGAUGGAUGUGUUAGCUGUGAGAGAAGCUACGAAAUUCGCGAUCGACCACUGCACGUCCGGUAAGGGACCGAUCGUCAUGGAGACUGUGACGUACAGGUACAGCGGACACAGUAUGUCGGAUCCCGGAACCAGCUAUCGUACGCGAGAAGAGGUGCAGGAGGUUCGGCAGACUCGGGAUCCUCUGACCAGCUUCAAGGAGAGAAUUUUAAAUGCCAACCUCGUUACUGCGGACGAGAUCAAAGUAAUAGAGGGUGAGAUCAGAAAAUCGGUGGACGAUGCCAUGAAAGCUGCCAAGAAUGACAAGGAGAUUCCACUGAGCGAACUCACUGCCGACAUUUAUGCGAAUUGCCUAGAGAAGGAGAUUCGAAACACGACACCCUUCAAUCCUUUAUCGCACGCCAGACUAGGGCCAGCCAUAAAUGCUUAAAAACUGCUCAAAGAUCGUUUUCCUAAAAUAUUGUAUAUUUUACAGUCACAUGCCACAUCCUCCAAUUUUCAUAGACCUACAGAUUAGUUGUAUAGAGAUGUACGUACCGCACACGAUUCUUUAAUUCGAGGAUGUAUAUUAUUUCGUUGAAGGGGAGAACUGAUAUUGCCGAAACAGAUUAAUUCGAGUGCAACCAUUGCGCACCGAUAUUAAUCUCAAUGCUCCACGACGCGCGCGCGUAACCCGUUUGUUCUUCGAGGAACUACCUGAAUUGGUGCACACUAGUGCAAUAAGUUACACUAGUUACGGUCGAACAAUGGAUCUGUUUUCUAUUGCUGAACUAGGUCUUUUAGGCUGCACUAGUUCCGAGUUGUAUCUUUUUCCUUCUAAUGUGGGGUAAAAAAGAUACAACUCUGAACUAGUGCAGCUAGUUCAGCAAUAGAAAAUAGAUCCAAAAUAUACUUGUCUCACUCUAAUUUAUUGCACCAAUUCAGAAAGUUCCUCCUAGGAAAAGAACAGACGGAACAUUUUGCGUUACAAUCCAAUGCUAAAGAGAAGAUCCAUUUUUUGGAUAAUUUGGGAAAUUAAAAUUUAUAGUUUAAUUUAUUUUGAGUACGAGUUAUCAUGAAAAUAGGAUCUUUUACGGUACAACGUGCGCCUAAGACCUGAGCUAUUUGUUAAUGUGUUAAUAAAAAAAAAUAAAUCUAAAAAAA